GCCCUGAUGUUCAUAUAGCUACUGUAAAGACAAUCCACGCUAAGUUUACUGUUCAGCUCUGCUCGUCAUUGAAGCAACAGGAGAUCCCUAUAAAGGGGCGGAGCGAUUUUAUCCAAAGGAAGUAGGCUAAACGAAAUAUGGAAGUAUGGAAACUGAAAUCAAAAUGUAGCGUUUUGGAUUCUGUUGGCUACUUCUUUUUUCUUCACAGAAAAACAUCAUGCGUUUUUUAAAUGGAUGGAUGUACCACAACCUUUCAGGAUGUAUUUUAAUCGACGUACAGUAAUAGGCUCACGCACAUCGUAAUCUUAACAAAGACUAUAUAUCUGGGCUUUAACGAUACUAACAUAACAGUUGUAAUAUUAAUAGCAUCAUUAACUGUAUUCCUCGAAAUUGUCUUUGUUUUAAACUUGUGAGGCAACUUUUAAUAUCUGCUUCGACUUUCAUUUCAUUUUCAUUUUGAAAAAAGCGGAUGAGCAAACUAGCUCUACUAAAUCAUGAGGAGUUUGAUCGGAUAUGUAGGGAACUGAAUAUGAUUCAUGAAUCUUUUUUCCUCUGCCUAUGGAUUUGGCUCUCACAUGGUGUGAUUGGUGAUACAGAUGAAGUGAAGUCAGUAUCAGUGAUGGAGGGAGAUUCUGUCUCUCUAAACACUGGUGUCUCUGAAGUGCAGAGAAAUGAUCUGAUACUGUGGAUGUUUAACGUUAACAAUUCAGAGACUCUUAUCGCUCAAAUCCACAGACAGAACAUCUAUAUAGAUGACAGUGUUGUGAGAUUCAGAGACAGACUGCAGAUGGACAGUCAAACUGGAUCUCUGACCAUCAGAAACAUCAGAACUGAACACUCUGGACUUUAUAAACUACAGAUCAUCAAAGCUGGGGUCACAUACAAGAGUUUUUCUGUUGCUGUCUAUGCUCCUCUGCCGAUUCCUGUCAUCACCAGAGACACUUCAAACUGUUCUUCAUCAUCAUCAUCAUCAUCAUCAUCUGAACGUUCAUUAGUGUCCAGAUGUUCACUGCUGUGUUCAGCUGUGAAUGUGAGUCAUGUGACUCUCUCCUGGUUCAAAGGAAACAGUUUAUUGUCCAGCAUCAGUGUGUCUGAUCUCAGCAUCAGUCUCUCUCUUCCUCUGGAGGUGGAAUAUCAGGAGAAAAACACCUACAGCUGUGUGCUCAACAAUACCAUCAACAACCAGACCACACAUCUGGACAUCAGUCAACUCUUUCACUUGUGUCCAGAACUCGUGCAGCAGUCACAGUCGGUGGCGUUAUCCGUUAGUAUAGUGAUAGUACUGGUCUUGGCUGCAGUUGUGGGGGCGAUAUACUUUAACCGCAGGAAAUGCAAACAACCAAGAUCACAAGUCCAGACUUGCGAGGAAGAGGUACUUUAUGCCGAAACAACAUUUUGUGCACGCAGUGUUCACAGUACGGUAAGACACUGUAUUGCAGUGUGCAGCGAAUCUGUCUGCAGAAACCACAGAGGCCGAGAGAAAAAUAUGCGCUUGCACAUGUAACGAAGCAGAAAAUGUGCCAUCCUGUGCUGAUGUCAGUGUUUGUACUUAUUUGUCUGUGCAUUAUUUGGCCUUUAAAUCAAUAUAAACCACUUAAUGUCUGCUUAUGCUUGCUCUGUUUCUGUUUAGGCUUCAAUUGUACAUGAAGGCACAGUGCAACAUCAGAUAACUUGAAAAACUCGUUUCUUCUUUUGUUCUUGUUAUCAUUUCUUAGAUCUAGUAGAGUUUAGGAAGAGUGGAGGUUGUAGUUUUACUGAAUGCCAUGAUUUAUGCCUCUGAAAAGCCACAGGCAUCUGUAGCAGACACACAGACAGUGAUGAAUAGUCAUUGAAUCACAAAAGCAUUUAUUGUCAACCCUGACGAUUCAAUGGCAGCUGAAUGAAAGGCAGGAAGGCAGUGCCGGAAAUGCCAGUUGAUGUUUUGCAGCUCUACCAGUGAUUAACAAUGAACAAUGAACAGACAAAAAUGUGUUUUUAAAAUCACCAAAAAGCCCCAAAAUGUCCUUCAAAAGCCAAAAUCCAUGCUCUGUUUGAAGUCUCCCCUUUGUGGUAGAAAUUGUGCGUGUACAACUUGCCAGUAUUUAAGAAAGUUAUUUAAAACGAUCAAAUCAAACAUCAUGCUUUUGCUAUCAUGUCCUGUGCUUGUAAUUGUCUUUGUAUUCAACUGUUGUCUUUGAGCCGAUUUAUAGUGUUUAUAGUCAAGAACAUGACCAGACUGCUGGUAUAUAUGUGUACACACAAAGACUAUUUAUAUACAUAUAAAAAUACACACAUUGUUUUACAUGUUUUAAUUCCUGAUAUUCAUGUUUCGUUUACUUUUAGAAACCCAAUGAAGAAGACCACAUCAUAUACUCCAGUGUUAAUGCAAAAUGACGUGAUCAGCGGUAUUGCCAUUUUUGGGUGAUUAAUAUGAAACUGGCAUGAAAAAGUAAUUUUCAAGUAUUAACUUCAGGGUAAAUUAUCUCAAAGUACAGAGCAUACAUUUUCAGAUAGUGACAAACUGUUCACAGUUAUGGACACAAGGGACUGAAACCUAGUGUUUCAGUGUCCUCAGUAUUUGAUCACUAUUUCAGUAUCAGUAUUUUCUCUGGCUUACACUAACAUUCCAUGUCAUAGACUGUCAGUGAAUACAUUAACAUCCUAUACAUGUAUUAUUCAUUUCUCUGGAAUACUUGUUUUUGAUUGGUCAGUUGGUAUUCAACAGUCAAAUAUUUCUAUAUAAUCUCCACUCACGUGGGUAAGUCUGACAACUGACAACCCAUCUGUGAAGUCGAAUAGAUAUGUUUUAAUGGAUUAUACCUAGUGUUACAUUAGAUCUUCAGUGUUUGCCAUGUGUGCUUUCCAACUUGCUGUUACUUGUUCUGCGGGUAGUUUAUCUGUUAGACAAGACAUGUUCAUGCAAGCUCAGCUGGAAUCUUUCUCUUAUACUCUGUUAAAACAUUCACAGUAGACACAAGUCUAAACAAAAGCCUUAUGUAUUUUUUCUACUAUCAGCCCUUUUAAAAUGUGCUAACUCGAACUAUUUUUGUAUAUUUUAUUGUUGAUUUUUGUAUAAUUUCUUAACACUUCUAAAAAGUAUUAUGCAUUUAUACUUUGUAUUAAAAUUCCUAUUUUGUACUAUUGUACCAGCACUUCUAUAUAAGGAGAUGAAAGUCAGUGUAAGAUUCAUAUGAACAGUUUGAAUUUAUCUACACAUUCUGAUAAUAUGUUCUGGACCAUCUGUGUUUGUGGUGCCAUCAGCCAAUCAACAUUGUAAGGAUUUUUUUUAUUUCCUGCAACUCCAGAAUGGCUAGUCAGAUGACAUUUACAGCACUGUGAUUGAAUUUGAACGGUUAACCGUCUUCAGUUAUUAUAUAGACUUCAAACAGAUUAGAUCCUGAAUGUUCGGCGCCCAUUUUAAUCCAACUCUAACCAACCAGCUGUUACUUGUCUGCAGUUAGUUGUUCAGAUUGUCAGACAGGACAUGUUUGUGCAACUAAUACAUUUUAGCUCAACAGAAAAUGUUGUGUACAGCAAUAAGAAAAAGUUUACUAAUAUUGUUUUCUGUAUGUUUAAUACUAUGUGAACAACACCUUUUUCAACAUUCAUAUAUUAAACUAUCUAAAACAGC